GACGUCCUCAAUAGCAACUUGACGACGUCUAGAACAUCUAUCCUCCUUCACAACACCUAUCAACACCCCAGAGCACAAGCUACCAGCUUCGAAAGCCUCAGCAGAUCCCCAUCAUGCGUUCAGGCGACCGAGCUCCAUAAGCAUGUGCCCCUCACAACACACUUAUUUACGAUAGCACAAUGUUGACCUCGAGAGCCUGGCGAGGGGCUUUGCGACCCUCUAACAUAUCCACAUUCAGCACCCAGAUAGCAAGACAAUCAUUCUACACCGUCGCCAGGCCCAAGCCUCGACCAGCGGCUGCUGCCUUCCUCCCUGGAAGAAGAUGGGCCACCAACGAGGCAGGUGAGGACAAGACAGGUCACAUCCUCACCAAGCCAAACGAGGGCAUCUUCUUCUUGGACAAUGUAUUUCCUCUGAAGCUUCAAUGGCUCAGUCGCAUCCCCUACCUAAACCCCGACCAAUUCUUAGCUCAAUCUCUCUCAAAAGUCAACAAUCCCAAUAUUGCUCUUGCCGAUCCUAACAGCAUUGUCAAACGCGCCCUCCCCGACAACUUCCCCCUCAAGGUUGUCCAAGUCCUUCCUCGGUUGCGCGAAGGAGGCGCCUUUGUCAAGUUUUCACACGAUGGAGCCAUCACCCCCAAAGAGCUCGAGAGCACGCUGAAGCAAUACCUUCGAGAAAAACCAAUCCACCCCUGGUUCAACCCCUUCCGGAGGGUCAGAGCUUUCCUCGUCAAGGGUAGGCCCUGGAUUGAAGAUCUGUACCGCCUACCAUGUAACAGAGUAAAGGUCGAGUUCAUGCCAACCUCCCCGGAGUCUUCAGCAGCGGAUUUGACUCAAGAGACCAUCUACUCUCUCUUCAGACGAUAUGGCAAAAUCUCUGAGAUUGUUCCACAACCCUCGGACUCCAAAAUUGUCCCCAAAUACGCCUACGUUGACUACACGCGAAUCAGAUAUGCGACCAUGGCCAAGAACUGUAUGCACGGUUUUGUAGUGUUGGCUGAGGACGGUGGUGGAAAAGCAGGCACCUUACUGAAGUUGAGUUACGAGUCAAAGAGGAAGAGCAACUGGAUAUGGGAUUGGCUAACAAGCCAUCCUCGAAUCGUCAUCCCCAUCGUCGUCGCACUCCUCACUGCUGCCUCCGUAACCGUUUUCGACCCCAUCAGAACGUUCUUCAUCAAGCUUCACGUCACACAUGGCCUCCAUUUGGAAGAGCAGCCGUUGUAUCGAUGGAUCCGAAGGCAACUGACUCGGGGCUACGACAUUAUUCGAUUUAGGAAGUCGAGCGGCGAUGAGGAUAGUCUCCGGGUUAUCUGGGAGGAUCGCAACGACGCCAUUCAGCAACUGCAGACUUGGAUGAUCGAAACCGCAGACACCUUUAUUGUGGUACAGGGACCACGCGGUGCGGGCAAAAAGGAGCUUGUCCUGGACCAAGCGCUCAAGGAUCGGCCCAAUAAAUUGGUCAUCGACUGCAAGAAAAUCCAAGAAGCUCGCGGCGACAGCAAUACCAUUGCCGCUGCAGCAGCACAGGUGGGCUACAAACCAGUCUUUUCGUGGAUGAACAGCAUCAGCAGCAUGGUUGACCUCGCAGCCAUGGGUACCAUUGGAACCAAGACUGGCUUUUCUGAAACCUUGGAGACUCAACUAGGCAAGAUCUGGAGCAGCACCGCCGCUGCGUUGAAGAACAUCGCCCUGAGCUAUAAGAAGAAGGACGAAAAGGAUGCCGCCAUGUCGGAUGACGAAUGGCUAGAAGCCCACCCCGAAUUCCGACCAGUAGUUGUCAUUGACAACUUCCUCCACAAGAGUAACGAAGGCUCUGCCAAUAUGGUCUAUGACAAACUAGGCGAGUGGGCGGCAGCUUUGACGACUCAAAACAUCGCCCACGUCAUCUUUUUGACCACGGACGUGUCAUUUUCCAAGUCCUUGAGCAAGGCUCUGCCUGAUAGGAUGUUCCGCCAGAUUACCCUGAGUGAUUGCACACCCGAAGUGGCCAAGAAGCUUGUGCUGCAACAUAUAAAUGCUGAAUCAGAGCUUCCUGGCACGUCUUCAGAAGAGAAGCCACCAUCGCAGGUUCAGAACGAUCUCGAGGAACUCGAUGGAGUGAUUCAGGUGCUUGGAGGACGUCUAACAGACUUGGAAUUCUUGGCCAGACGGAUCAGAACGGGGGAGACUCCCAGGAAUGCCGUGAAACAGAUCAUCGAGCAGUCGGCUUCAGAGAUUCUGAAAAUGUAUCUCCUAGACGUGGAUGUGGCAACGAGAAAGUGGACGCCUCAACAAGCCUGGCUUCUGAUAAAGGAGUUGGCGACCAAUGAGACACUAAAGUACAACGAGUUGUUGCUCAACGAUCUAUUCAAAGAUGGCGAGACGACACUUCAGGCGCUGGAGCAAGCUGAACUCAUCUCCAUCACAUCGCAGAAUGGACGGCCAUACGGUAUCAAGCCAGGCAAACCAGUAUACAUGGCAGCGUUUGAUUAUCUAACAAACGACGAAGUGCUCAAAGCACGAUUGGACCUUGCGAUUCUCACUCAGCUGAUUGGAAUUGAGAACAAGAACGUGGACAAGUACGAGUCGGAAUUGCAGACAUUGGCGAAUCUACCGGGGACGCCUAGUGAGCUGAAACCGCGGAUCAAAUGGUGUCUAGACAAGGCCAUGGCCAGUCAUGCCAAAGUGGAAAAAUACGAGGCUCAGAGUGGAAAGUUGAAGAAGGUCUUGUCCGACAAAUUCUAAAGCAGACGAGCAAUCGGUAGGUCUUGUUGAAUCUCCAUACACGAUCACAGGAGGAAAGGCCUUAGUACUACAUACUCAAUUCAAUCCUUUUCACUAGAAGCAAUGCGGA